UUUUUAUAUCUAAACAUUUUGCUAGCUGGCUAACCAGUCUUAGCUGAAGCUAGCGUUACACCUAUGUAAAUCUCUCGUGCCUCAGAACUAUUUCGAUAUAUCUUGCUUCAAGUACAUUAAAAGUACAAAUCUCUGUCACUGUAGGAUAGGUGAUAUGGGGGCUAAGCUCCGACAGCUGGACAAUAGUGGCAAUUGUGAAGGAUAUUGUCCAGGGGAUAAACAACUCUCAAUGCCCACGAAACAGAUUGCAUCACGGUCUUCAUUUUUCCCAAAUAUUUUUUUUAACGACAUGUCUUCAUUCGUGCAAGAUAAUUUUGGUAUUUCACAUCGUGCCUUUCUGAACCUGGGAGUUACUUUGCUUAUGGCACUUUUAGCUGGUAUUGCACACUGGCGGCAUCUUGAUGGUCUGUUUGAGAAUGACAGACAUUUUUCACACUUAUCUACCCUGGAGAAGGAAAUGGCUUUUCGAACAGAAAUGGGUCUUUACUAUUCCUACUAUAAGAAUUACAUUGAGUCGCCCUCAAUUACUUCUGGGUUGCGUUUUUUUGUCAACGAUCAUCUGUCAGAAUCUCCAAAAGUCAUCAAUGCCCUCAAGAGGUUUAAUCUCUAUCCCGAGAUAGUCAUUGGAAAUCUACACAGAACAUAUACGGGUUUCAUAGAAUUCUUUGGGCUUCCGAGCAAGGCCUGUUACGACAUCCACAGAAUCAAUGACGUAACUCCAGUGGAAGGCUGUGAAGGCCUUGGAGAUCCAGCUUAUUUCUAUGUCACCUGCGUCUUUGUGCUAAAUGGCCUCAUGAUGAGUCUUCUCUUCCUGUACGGGACGUAUCUAAGCUCUUCUCGUUUGGGAGGUCUCGUCAGUGUUCUUUGUUUCUUCUUUAACCAUGCUGAAAGCACUCGAGUCAUGUGGACCCCUCCUCUACGCGAGAGCUUCUCCUACCCUUUCUUCGUCAUGCAGAUGCUUAUAUUAACCUACAUCAUCAGGAACCAGAACCCUGGGCGAAAGGUUCUAGCAGCCCUCGGUGCGUGUAACGUUCUCUUCAUGCUCCCUUGGCCAACAUCACAGUACAUCCUGCUGACUCAGGUUGCCUGCCUCUAUGCCUGUUAUGUCAUGGGAUACAUCAACCCCUCACUGCUCAAGUCCCUGAUUUCUGUCCACAUGGCAGCGGCGUCGGUGUGCUUUGUGCUGCUAUUUGGGAACACGUCUCAGUCAUCUCUCUAUGGCUCCGCGCUCCUGGCAGGCUGGGUUGUUGUCUCCUUCAGGGACAUUUUAUUCAAAGAUUACCCGCACGGAGGCCAAAGAGCUUUGGUGCAAGGCUUUACCUGGUUUGGCCUCACUGUCCUUCUGAAGUGGACACUGUCAGCCGUCCUUGGUACCAGUGAUAUCCAUAUUAGCAAUGUGAUCAGCUCCAAGUUCAGCCUCAACAAGGACUUUCUCUCCAUGAUGUACUCUUGUGUGGAUGAGUAUGACUACAUGGAGCUGGAGACUAUUCUGGGAUACAUCAAGACGCUGCUCCUUCCCCUCAACCUAAUUCUCAUGGGAUUCAUUGGGGUGAAGACGGUGUAUAAGGUGACAAACUAUCUGAAGCAGCCUACAGUUAAGGAGGAGGAGACGCGCGGUGACACUGAGCAGGUCCCAGAUUUGAAUAAUGGAGAGGUGGUGUUCAAUGGUCUGCAGCUGCUGGUGUUUGCUGUGCUGGCUGUGAUAGUCAUGAAGCUGAAAGUGUUCCUGGCCCCACACAUGUGCAUCAUGGCAUCACUCCUCUGUUCACGUCCGCUCUUCAACUGGCUGGGCGACCGCAGCAAGCACCACAUGGUCAUCUUCUGUGUGCUGUCCAUCAUGGCCGUGCAGGGCGCGGUCAACUUUCAGAAGCAGAAUGAGAUCCAGGGGGGCUUCAGGAGUCCAGCUCAAGAGGAGCUGCUGCAGUGGAUCAACACAAACACCCCGACUGAUGCGGUGUUUGGUGGCGCUGCCCCGACCAUGGCGAGCGUGCUGCUGUCCACCAGGAGGCCCAUAGUUAACCACCCCCACGAUGAGGACCCAGGACAGAGAGAGAGGACCAAGAUGGCGUACAGCAUGUAUAGCCGUAAGCCGGUUAUUGAGGCCGUGAAGACGCUGAUGGAUCUCAAGGUGGACUACUUCAUCCUGGAGAACACCUGGUGCUUCCCACGGGCCAGGGAGGGCUGCAGUUUGCCAGAGAUCUGGGACGCUGAGGAUGAGGAGAACAGGGGCAAGCCUGCUCUCUGUGCCCUGCUGUUGGCCGACUCCCACCCACACUUCAGAAAUGCGUUUGAGAACAAAGUCUUCAAAGUCCUGCAAGUGCCCAAACCCACUAGAUAAUGACCCCUACCUCCAGAUCCAAUAUACACUAAUAUAAACUAGUUUCAGCCAAAACAA